AGACCAGACGGACGCAGACCCAUCACCAGCAGCGGCAAGGCCAGACGGACAGGAGAGAGGAGACGGCCGUUGUCCUCAAGGCGUCGGCGCCGGCGCCGGCUGGAGAUUCCGCGCGUGACAACCAUCACGAGAGCGGCGCCCCGGCGAGCUUGCAGAGCCUCUCGCGGCGCCGGGCCGGCGCAGGAUCGACCAUCGAUGGGCUGCGCGUGGUCGUCGUCGCCGUCGCCGUCGAGGCGUGAGCAGCGCGCGCAGGGGUACGAGGAGCCGGCCGUCCUCGCCACCGAGACCUCCUUCACGGUGAACGAGGUGGAGGCGCUGUACGAGCUCUACAAGAAGCUCAGCUUCUCCAUCUUCAAGGACGGCCUCAUCCACAAGGAGGAGUUCCGGCUGGCCCUGUUCAGGACCAGCAAAGGGGCGAACCUCUUCGCGGACAGGGUGUUCGACCUCUUCGAUCAGAAGCGCAACGGGGUGAUCGAGUUCGGCGAGUUCGUGCGCUCGCUCAGCAUCUUCCACCCCAAAGCGCCUGAAUCUGAAAAGACCGCCUUUGCAUUCAAGCUGUACGAUCUGAGGGGGACAGGCUACAUCGAGAAAGAAGAGCUUCGGGAGAUGGUGGUGGCACUUCUUGAUGAGUCCGACCUAUGUCUCUCGGCCAGCGCCGUGGAGGAGAUCGUCGAUAAUACGUUCAGUCAAGCAGACUCGGAUGGUGAUGGCAGGAUAGACCCCAAGGAGUGGGAGGAGUUUGUCAGGAAGAACCCGGCAUCACUCAGGAACAUGUCACUGCCCUAUCUCCAGGACAUUACGACGACGUUUCCAAGCUUUGUAAUGCAUUCGGAAGUCGAAGAUUACAGUGGAAUCAGCAAAUAAUAAGUAAGGCACAGUUAUCGGUCCGUUUAUUUUGAGCCAAGGCAGCCUUGAACAUAUUUGGAAACAGUGCAUUCAGGACUGAACCGCAAACAAAAAUGGUUGAAACUCAAAUAGGAGGAGAAUAGAAGCAUCAGCGUCGACCGAGAGCUACCGCCGUUAGACUAGCUCAUCUAGCCUUGCUGCCGUGAUUGACGGUAGACAGAAGGAUCUGAACCUGAAAUACUUUCAGAAGUGGGUCAUUUGGAGCUAAAUUCAUGAUUAAGGAUCGAAACAGUGAGUAGUGAGUUUGACACAUCUAGGUGGCAGACACGGAGGGGCAGCCGAAACAAUUCGCCGGAGUACCAAAAGUCUAUCAUUGUCGCUUCCCAAACCCAAUGUAAGAGCAUCUCCAGCCGCUGGUCCCCCAGGGGGCGCAUAAAAUCGCGCCUCAUAAAAUCGCCGCCUGGGGGGCGAGCCGGCGCUAAAAAUCGGCAUGGGGGCGAGUGGGUUCCCAGCCGCUGACCC